AUGUCGUCCUGGUUACUACUGACAAGGCGGCAACAACUUUUCCUGUGCAUUACUGCUGUAAUCAUUCUUGCUGCCAUUGCCGAUACCAGAAUUGAAAGAAUUGGUACACCAUUUUCAACGUCACGGAGCGAUAUUUCAGUGGAAAUUGAGCGACACUUCCCAUGUUCCACUAAUUCAGGUGAACAUUCUGCUCCUGCUGUAUUGAUUGUUUCCGUAGAUCAUAAUAAACUAGUCAAGUUUCCACGAAAAACUGAGUAA